AUGCUUAAUCUGACCUACGGCUCCCAAAUAUCCUACUUCCUCUGCUGUGGACUCACCAAGCUCGCAUUCCUAUUCUUCUUCCUUCGCAUAUUUCCCUCAGAGACGACCCGGAAAUGGAUCUGGGUGUUCAUUACCAUAUCAGUGUUCUGGACAAUCGCAUUCGCCUUCACAAUGACUUUUGCCUGCAGGCCUAUCUCGGCAGUAUGGACUUCAUGGGAUGGCACGAGCACACCAGACUACUGUAUCAACCAGAAUCUGUUCUAUCUGGUAGCAGCGGCGUUCAACAUCGGCCUGGACGUCGCGAUAGUUCUGAUACCGAUCCCCAACCUGAUGACACUGAAGCUCAGUUCGCGUAAAAAGGUCUUCCUCAGCGCAAUCUUUGGCGUCGGUGGCAUUACCAUCAUAGUUUCGUGCAUCCGCCUCAGCGCCGUCGCCAAAUACGCCACAUCAACGAAUCCCAUGUACGACAACCUCAUGUCCGGCGUAUACUCCAUCCUCGAGAUCAACGUCGGUAUAAUAUGCGUAUCCAUGCCAGCCUUCCGGAGAUUCCUCGCUCAGCUGGUACCCAAGUGCUUUGGCACGACGCAAAACAACUCCGACCCAAACGAAGACGACGACACGCCUAAUCGCCCGUCGAAAAAGAGAGGCAAGCCAAGCAGAAGCAUGCUGGAUGCAAGCUUGUUCAAUACAACGAUGGCGAGGACGGUAGACGACACGCUAGAGAGUAUUGGAAAGGCGGAUGACGAAGUGCACCUCGUAGAACUGCGGAGAAGUGGAUCAAAAACUUCGACGCAGAAUAUGGGUGGAAGUAUGCGAGGGCACGACGAGGAGAAGAUGCCUCCUAGCUACCACGCUUCAUGA